AUGGCCUGUCUGAUGGCCGCCUGGUCCGUUCACAACCCCACUGUGACAAACUCCAUCAUCAUGAACACCAACGGACCCCCAGACCUGAUGCUGGACCCGCGGACAGUGUACGUUUGUUUGGAUGAGGUGGUCUACAAGCGUCCGGCGGGGACCCAGCAGACACCGCUGCUGCAGGGACAACUGAAGAAGGUGGACAACAACCUGAUGGAGGCCCAGAGGUUCUCCUCAUUACCACGAAGACCAGCGGUCAACAUGGAGUUCAAAGACGUCUCGUACUCGGUCAGAGAGGGACCCUGGUGGAGGAAGAAAGGUUACAAAACUCUGCUCAAAGGCAUCUCUGGGAAAUUCAUCAGCGGUGACCUGGUGGCCAUCAUGGGGCCCUCAGGGGCCGGAAAGUCCACGCUCAUGAACAUUCUGGCGGGGUACAGGGAGACCGGAAUGAAGGGUGAGAUCCUGAUCAACGGUCGGCCCCGAGACCUGCGCUCCUUCAGGAAGGUCUCCUGUUACAUCAUGCAGGACGACAUGCUGCUGCCGCACCUCACCGUGCAUGAGGCCAUGAUGCUCUACGUUCUGAGCCAGGGUCAGUGCAUCUACAGAGGCAAGGUGUCCAGUCUGGUCCCGUACCUCAGAGACCUCGGACUGAAGUGCCCCACAUACCACAACCCGGCCGACUUCAUCAUGGAGGUGGCCUCCGGGGAGUACGGGGACCAAAUGGUGAGACUGGUGAAGGCCGUUCAGGACAGGAAGUGGGAGGACGACGAUCGGACCGAGCUGAACGGAGACGCUAACCUCCACCCGCUCCUGUGGCAGCGCGCAGAUGAGGACGCCACAGCCGGGACUUUGGUUGUAACUUUUAUACCUUUGUAA